UCCGCUCGGCCGUGCUCAAGGGUAUUCUUCUUGCUUUGCUCACUUCCUUCCAAGACUUCACUGUUUUUGUGAUCAGUGUAACGCAACCAUGGAAAGCGCAGGACCAUCAUCGUCGUCCAACACGACGCAGGAUGAGGUUACGCCAGACAACAUGACCUCGAGAGACUACUAUGCCGACUCCUACGCCCACUUCGGUAUCCACGAGGAAAUGCUCAAAGACUCCGUGCGAACGGGCUCAUAUCGCAACGCAAUCAUGAACAACCCUCACUUGUUCAGGGGCAAGACUGUUCUUGAUGUUGGCUGUGGGACCGGUAUCCUCAGUAUGUUUGCCGCGAGGGCUGGCGCGAAACACGUUGUCGGGAUUGACAUGUCAAACAUCAUCGACCAAGCCGUCAAAAUUAUUGAAGCCAAUGGCUUCAAAGACAAGAUCACCCUUGUCAAAGGGAAGUUGGAGGAUGUCCCACUACCGAUCCAGCAGUUCGAUAUCAUCAUCUCCGAGUGGAUGGGCUACUUCCUGUUAUACGAGUCCAUGCUCGAUACUGUCCUACUCGCACGUGACCGCUAUCUGAAGCCUGGCGGUCUCAUCUUCCCUGAUACUGCAACGCUGUAUUUGUCUGCUAUUGAAGACUCCGAAUACAAGGAGGAGAAAAUCAACUUCUGGGACAACGUCUAUGGGUUUGAUUACUCCUGCAUCAAGGAUAUCGCGCUGCGAGAACCCCUUGUAGAUACUGUUGACGCGAAAGCAAUCGUUACAAACAACUGCAUGAUUAAGCACAUUGACUUGCUUACUGCCAAAAAAGAAGAUCUGACCUUCACCUCUCCAUUCACGCUCAAGGCACAAAGAAAUGAUUACGUGCAUGCAUUCCUCGCAUGGUUUGACAUCUCCUUCGAGUGCACCCACACGAAGGUCAGGUUCUCGACUGGUCCCCAUUCCAAAUAUACCCACUGGAAACAAACCGUCUUUUACACUCCCAACACCAUCACCGUAUCCGCAGGAGAAGAUAUAUCCGGUCGAUUGACCUGUGCUCCGAAUGCGCGGAAUAACCGCGACCUCGACAUCACCAUCACCUACAGGGUGCGCGAUGAUCCGGAGACGGAGAUCCAGUACAAGAUGUACUAGAUUGUGGUAUUUUCUUGCAGAUGGGGACAUGGGAAGUUUGAUGUGCGAGACUGACGUGUACAUUCAUAUAUUCAUACGC